AUGGUUAGAGACUAUGUGAAGAAGCAAGAUGUGAAUUUUGAGAAUGUUAGUGCUACUUUGAUGAUUGCUGAUCCUAUGACUAAAGCUCAAAGAAGACUACUCACAAGGGACAGGCUUGCUAACCGGAGAAUUACUGAUAAUCUAAUGUGCCCUCUUUGCAACAAUGAGGCAAAAGCUAUAGACCACGUAUUUUUCAAAUGUGGCAUGUCUGCUGAGAUAUGGAGCAAACUUCUGCAAUGGCAAGGUAUAUACAGGCAAAUGUUGAACUGGCAGGAGGAACUGCUAUGGGGGAAAAUUAAUAAGACGGGAAGGAAUGCAGAGGCGGAACUUUACAUAAUGGUGCUUGCUGGGUGUAACUAUCAUGUAUGGCAAGAAAGAAACAUUAGAAUAUUUCAGGAGAAACAGAGAUCAGUGCACGGGAUCAUUAAGCAGAUUAUUCAGGAGGUAACAUGUAAAGGGACACUGAAGCCAAAACUAGAAAGGAAGUUAGUUUCUCUUAAUUUCUAUCCUUAA